AGUGGGAAGAAUGUCCCUUACAUUGGGGGUCAGUGGGAAGAAUGUUCCUUACAUUGGUGGUCAGUGGGAAGAAUGCUCCUUACAUUGGUGAUCAUUGGGGAGAAUGCUCCUUACAUUGGUGAUCAGUGGGAAGAAUGUCCCUUACAUUGGUGGUCAGUGGGAAGAACGCUCCUUACAUUGGUGAUCAUUGGGAAGAACGCUCCUUACAUUGGUGAUCAGCGGGAAGAUUGCUCUCUACAUUGGUGGUCAGUAGGAAGAAUCCUCCUUACAUUGGUGAUCCUUGGGAAGAAUACUCCUUACACUGGUGGUCAUUGUAGAGAACCCAUAUACAUUAGGGAAGAGUGAGAAGAAUGUUUCUUAUAUUGGUGGCCGGUAAGAAGAAUGUUCCUUCCACUGAUGGUCAGUGUAGAGCCCCCAUACAUUGGGGA